GCACCCCGGGGCAGCCGGCCCGCGAGGAGCCUGCCCGCGCGGGGUGCGCUGAGCCGCCGGCUCCCACCUCUGUAUGAUUCAGCAGCAGCAGCAGCACCAGCCGCCUCUGCUCCUCCCUCUCCUGCCCAGUGCGCAGGCAGCUCUUCCCGGGGCUCCCCAGCCAGCAACAGCAUCAUUUGUAGCAGCAACAUUGUCAGCCGCAGCACGGGGAGCUGAGCCCUGCUGCCCCGGCGGCAUGGAGAGCAGGCGCUGCUUUGCCAACCGCUUUGAUGACUACCAGGGCAACCUGCUGGCGGCGCAGGGCAAGGAGGCGGCGCUGCCCCUCAUCACCUCCACCAUCGAGCGCAUCCUGCAGGAGGUGCCCGCCCUGGGCCCCGGGGCCGGGCUGAGCUGCUGCCAGGGUGGGCUGUACGGCGGCGUGGCCGGGGUAGCCUAUAUGCUGUACCACGCGGCGCAGUGCCCGCUCCUGGCCCCGUCACGCGAGGCCUACCUGCGGGCGGCCCGGCGCCUCGUCGACGCCUGCGUGCGCUACGAGGAGGAGUGGGGCGAGCCUGAUGCCGACACGCGGGCUGCCUUCCUGCUCGGCGGCGCGGGCAUCUACGCGGUGGCCGCGCUCAUCUACCGCGCGCUGGGGCUGCCCGAGUUCGCCCGCCCGCUGGGCCGGUUCUGCGAGCUGUGCGCCGUCUGCGCCCCCAUCACCUUCCUCGAGUGCGGCUCCGAUGAGCUCUUCGUGGGCCGCGCCGGCUACCUCUGUGCUGCCCUGGUGCUGAAGCAGAAGCUGGGCAUGGAGGUAUUAACCCCAGUGCAGAUCAGAUCUAUUUGCCAAGCUAUAUUAGAAUCAGGGAAGCAGUAUGCAGUGAAGAGGAGGAAACCGUUCCCACUCAUGUACUCUUAUUAUGGAACAGAAUACCUUGGUGCAGCUCAUGGACUUUCAUCUAUCCUUCAGAUGCUGCUGUCCUAUUAUGAGUACCUCCAGCCUCCAGAUCAGGAGCUUAUAUGGCAGAGUGUUGACUUCCUUAUGGAGCAAGAACAGAACUGCAACUGGCCUCCUGAACUGGGAGAGACAAUUGAGCGGGAGAAUGAACUUGUCCACUGGUGUCAUGGAGCUCCAGGCAUUGCUUAUCUGUUUGCCAAAGCUUACCUGGUUUCCAAGAAGCCCCAGUAUCUGGACACUUGUAUCCGCUGUGGGGAACUAACAUGGCAGAAGGGCCUAUUGAAGAAGGGACCUGGAAUUUGCCACGGAGUGGCUGGUAGUGCUUAUGUGUUCUUACUCCUAUACAGGCUUACUGGAAACUCUAAAUACAUCUAUAGAGCACAAAGGUUUGCAGAGUUCUUAUUUACAGAAGAAUUUAAGGCUGGCUCCCGGGCAUUAGAAAGCAUAUACAGUCUGUACGAAGGCUACUCAGGGACUGUGUGUUUCCUGAUUGACUUGCUGCAGCCCAAUCAAGCCGAGUUCCCUCUCUUCAGUAUAUUUGUCUAGAGAAGACAGCUUUCCAGUGCCACAUUGGAACAGCCAAGCAGAGGGCACCUGUAGUUUCACUUAUCUGUCUUGAAAGGCUAUUUGCAAACAAGCCACAUUCAGUGGUGCCACUAAUGUGAGCCUUAAUGUUGCCAGCGUCAGGUGAAAACCUAAAUAUACUGGGGUUUGGGGAGGGAAGUCUGGGGUAAAAAAAAAAAAAUUAACAGUGUGUUGACAAAUGGGGGGAAUGAAACAGUUUUUCCAAACUGAAAGGAGAGACACCACCAGUACUAAGAAGUAAAACCUGCUAAUUAUUCAAAUGAAAGUGAAGGAGACAUUUCCAGUCUUUAAUGUGGUGGUGAGUUAGGAAAAACAAGAUGGAAAUCUGACUUGUUGAGAUAUGGAAAAUAAAUAAAAUGAUUUUAAUCCAAAAGGUUUAAAGAGAGUCCCAUAAAAAGAAGUCAUUACAAAACUACAUGCUGCUAGGUGAGGAAAGGUCACUGAAAUGUGUAAAGGCAAAAUCUGUAUUUUCUUAAUAGAACCAGCUUCACUAGUACUAGAACUACAUUUAGUAGCGGUAUUAUAUUUUGAAAUCUUUUUGCUUUCAUAUGCACAUCCUUGUCCAGUAUUCCCAUUGCCCUUGGGGGGUUUCACAUGUGUAAAUGAGAGCUGAAUCUAACCCUUCCUUUCAGAACUAAGGUGAGGAACACUGCAUGGCCACCGUGCAGUAGCAGUACUGCUUUGGAUGGGAAUCUUCUCUUUUACAAAGAAGAUAAAUAGAAGCCACGUAGAAGACAAAUCAGUACAUUUUGUAGCAAGGUAUAGGAAUCAGGCAGUUUCCUCACAUUAUAACAUGCUCGGAGAUAAAUAGUACUUUUUGCCAGAUAUAUUAAAAAAAUUUAAAUAUGUAUUUCUUAUAGCAUCAUUAUUUGAAUAAGAGCAUGCAUAUAUGGAAACUGAAAGAAAUAGUGAUAAAAUGACUUCCUGAUGAAAAUGAUAUACUGCAAACUAGUUGAAUUCUGGCAUUUAUAAAAUACCAAGCAGUAACUUAGGAGAAGGGUGAUACAAUGCUUAAAGUAAAACUCUUUCUUUUUUGGCUUAACAAAGUUAUUUCCAAUGUUACAAGGAUACCACAAAUGCACUGUAUGUGCCCAAGUGGUUUGUAGCUUUUGAGAUUUAAGGUCAAUACAACAAAGCUAUACUAACACUAAUAUGCAUAAGAAGAAAUUGCAUCUUCUAUUUUAAAUUAUAAGCAUACACUAUUUGAAAACUAAAGAAAAUGCAGGCAUACAGAUUUUUAAAAAUUCUAUAGCAGCAAAUACUUGUAUGUAAAAUAUAUUUCGCUAUUAUUUACCUUUACUAAAUUUGGACUACAGUAAUACAGUCAAAUUUAAAGUGGCAGUAGAAAGACUGGUAGAUUUUAGAUCAUAACCCAUAACUCAGAGUCAGCAAAGUAACAUAUGUGUACCACCCAGGCCCAGCGCUCUGCCUACUAACUUUCCUCAUGCUUUGUCAACUGGAGAAGAUACAGCUUUUAUUUCUUACAGCCCAUUCCCUUAAAGAUUUCCACUGACUUAAAGGGAUAUUGUAUAAGGCCACAGAAUGGAGCCGGCUCUUGUAAACCUUACAUAUACUAGUAGAGUCAACCCAUUCAUAUGCCUAGUGCCAUUGAUUUAAUGACUUGUAUAAGUUAGGUUGCAGAAUCAACUGCUUCGUAUUUAACGUUGCUGUGUAGUGCUUAAUUAUUUCUCCCCUGAAGUAGCUGGCUUUCACUAAAGCAUUUAAUUGGUAAAUAAAACAAAUCAUUUCUGUACCAAUUCAAGUACACUGGAUGAAAGGUGUUAUUCAGAUGUUAUAGUUAUUUGAGAUGAAAGGCCUCACUUAAAGGGAUUACUAUUACUUGCUUCAUUCUUGUGGGCGGAGAAAUUGCACAUCUCACAGGUGCAUAUACCCAUUGUAUUGACUCCUCAGGUCAGACUGAGUACUCUGUAAGAAAGAUUAAUAGGAUUUGUCAUGUCAUCAUCCAAAAUGUGCCCAAGAUCAUUUAUCUCAGAUCUGUGGGCAGUUGGCCAUCAAGAUAAUCUGAUUAUUAUUUAGGUUGCAUCCUGAGUUUUGAAUAGGGAAUAGAUUUUUUUUUUUUUUUUGGAAUUAGUACUGUUCUUACUUAUGUUUCAGGAAGGUGAAAUUUUUGGUGCACACCUUUGUCCCUGUUACUUGGUAUCAUUUAACUCCAAAUUUACAUUGUCUGAAAUAAUCAUUUAGUUAUAGCUCAAAGUUACUAGUUAUCUGUGUCAAGUUUUUAGAGAGCUGCUCUAACUGCAUUUUAUUUUAUGCUGCAAAACAAUCUUGGAAAGAUGUUUUUCUUCAAAAAAAAAAGAAAGGUAGAUUUUUGCUGUUAUCUGGACUCAGGGCUGUUUUAAUUCUGCAAAUAUUAACAACAACAACAUUAUUUACAAUGCAAACAGAACAAAACAGUCUGUGUUUUGAUAAAUACACAGUACCAAGGCACCCAAUUCAGUCCAGAGCAAGAACUUAUCAGCACAUUAAUUAUCACAUUUUAAUCUUUUCUCUUUAAUCUUUUCUUGUUCUCCUUUGUUUAAUUAUCUUUGGUGCUACAAAACAUACUAGCAUCUGAUUAGUUUUAUCUAUGGACUUUUCAGUGUAGAUUCAAAUCUGUGCCAAAAAUUCAAGUCAAUCUAGAACAUAGGGUGAAUAAAUACAAUAAUAGAGAUGGAAACUAAAAAAAAAGAAUGUUGAUACUCUUAGCAUACAAACUAAGUUUACAAAUAAGGAUCACAGUGAUGCAGUGUUUUAAAUACAGUAAAAACUGUGUUAUCCAGCAUCUGUGGGAAUGGGGAGUGCCAGUUAAUCAAAUAUGCCAGUUACCUGAGAGGCGUCUUUGCCUGUUUGGGCUGCCGCCCCUUCCACCACGUCCGGUGCACCAGGACUUGUGCUCCCUGGCAUUAGUGUGCCGGGGGACAGGGAGGGGGGCCGGAUCCGCACAGGCUGCUUUGCCUUGUGCCAUGGUCCAAAGUUGGCAAAGUGGGACUCAGUGAAACUGGAAGUGCCAGGCAGGAUGGGACUUCCAGUUUUGCCUUUGCCAUGUUGAUCAGCAUGAUGGUUAAUAGAGCAUGCUGAUUUAAUAAAGUGCUGGAUAGCACAGCUUUUGCUGUAUAUGAAAAAAGUAAAAAAUAUGCAGUGACGGUAAUGGAUUUGGUCUCACUUUUCUGUUUUGUUUAACUUUCAGUGGAUAUAGUUUUAUUAAUCUUUUAAUCUCAUUCCAUAUAAAUGACAGGAUGUGUAACAAUUAAAUAUUCUUCCUGUCUUCUUUGAUACUUUUAAUUUUGUAUGGGGUUCAUUCCUUCUGAUUUACAUUUUUAGUAAGAAUUCUCUUCUUAUAUGCUAUGUAUUCCAGAAGCACCAGCAAGCAAAUUUCCUGCCUUUUCUUGCAACCCUUGGUCAUGCUAGCAAUUUUGGCCAUAGGGAUAGUGUAUUCUGGGACCAAUCCUGUGAUUGAGGAGUUCUUGUUUGAAUAAAGAUUGUAUGCUGGGCUCCUUAAUUAAUAUCCACCCACCAAAAGAAAGCAGGCAUAAUCACUUUUCACUUUCAGAAUACUGGAGUCGGAUCUCUUCUUUAAGCCAAUAAAAGUUGUGCCAUUGAUUUCAGCAUGAGCAGAGUGAGACCUAUAGUUCAUUGAUAUAACAAAAUUAGAUAUUUCAGUCCCUUGCAGAACAUCUUGUGCUGAAAUUGAAUUAUUCAUUUCUUUCAUCUUAAAAAGCCUUUCACAUACUUUCUUAGCAGUGAAGCUUUUGUGUGCCAUCAAAAAAUAUGCUGCUACACUUUGUUGUAUAUUAAGAUGACUGUGGUGCAAUUGUAGGUUAAUGGCUCAAAUGUAGCUCAAAUUCCGAUCUUCAGAAUUGCAAACAAAGUCUGUGUACAUUUUCCAAGUUUCUACAGAAGCAAAUGCUAAUUUAUGAGUUGACAACAAUGAACAGUUGGUGUGGAAUGUAAAAAGAAAAUUAUCUAAUGGGCCUGACGAAGGGUUUUUGAACCCGAAAGCUUGCUUAAUAACUAUUCUCCAACCAUUUGGGUUGGUCUAAUAAAAGAUAUCAAAUUCACCCAAGGAACCUUGUCUGUCUAAUGGAGUUAGGCACUUAACUGGCUCACGAUAGAUCUGCAGUGUGGUAGGAGGGUAUUUGUCACAGCACAUGUAGACCUACCUGCUCAAACUUUAAUCCAACUGUUUUGGGUACUGACUGCAGUAAGGCCUUAGCGGCUCAGGCUUCAGCAUGGGCAGCACAAGCCUGCUUAUGCUUGCAGGUACUUGUUUAGCAACUGGAUCCUGUUCAAUGAUGGCUUCACUAUUUAUACUACUGAUCCAGCUAGGUUAAAGCUAGUUUGGGUACACUGACGUACACUGUAAUCACACCUCCUGAAUGCGGUGUAGACAUUACCCUCUGGCACUUUUGAAAAUGUCAGUUGUAAUGCAUAUUUGGAUUGUCUUUUCUUUCCUCCACGUAAUCUCGUCUCCUUUUUACUCUAUUUUCUAUAUUUGUAGCUUUAAGAUAUUAGCAGGAACUUGAGUACAGAUACCAGUGCUUCUCUUUGUGACAUACAAUAACGUGAUAAGCUCUUUUGUGUUCUCUCCUUACUGCUCUCGGAAACUAAUCAAACUGUCUGUCUCAGUCAGGAAGUUACCCCUUCCCACUCCAGUGCCAUAAUCUUAUUUGAUUUGAUUCGAUUCAAAUCAAAGUUUAUUUGAUUUGAAAAAUCAUACCUCUGUAUAAAUUCUGCUAGUGCCAUGACAAUACUGUAUGCUAGGAGACCCUUACUCAGCCUUUUUCCAAAUGCAGAACAGCAAAUGGCAGACUCUCAUUUACAUAUUAAAGUGAAACCCCUUAAUGUGUUUUAUUGCUUAAAUAAAGGCUAUUUAGGGAAUUUAACUGGUACAACACCAUAACAGUGUUUCUGGUUAUGCUUUCUUAAGCAAAGGGGACAUACUUUGCCGUACAUUAUGUGUGUCAUUGCUUAUUUGUGAUAUGUAUUUGUGCAUAUGUGUCUUGUUCUUAUUGAGUAAACCAGUAGACUAGAUAUCAGCCAAAGGGGCUAUAUACUAUUUAUGAUUGUUGUCAAGUCAUCUGCAAAUUCUUGUUGUUGAAUAAUUUAUUCUAGUUGGAAAUAGGAUACUAGAUAUGCAAUAUUGAAGUUUAGUAAUUUUAGUAUUCAUAGAGCUGAGUUUCAUUUAUAAUUUCCAGCACCAGAAGUGCAAGUUCUAACAAAUACCUCUUGUGUUUUCCUACCAUUUCCAGCAUCGCAACGCCUGGAAUAUAUUUAUUUUCUGCCAUUGCUUUGUACCUCAGUUCUGUAUACAGGUUUUUUUUUUCCUUUUCCACCUUGCCCCCAUGCUAUGAAUUGCUUCAGAAGGCUGGAUUAGGAAUCCAGUUCCUUUGCUCUUGAAAACAACUGUAGGACUAAAUAUAAAAAGAGACUGUCUACAUAUUUGCAUUACAGUAUUUUCACAUUUCCCUCUGCCCUCUGCUCACUGGCUCUGCCUCUUCCCUAAUGGUAGGUAUAAUCACUGUACUGUAUAUUGUCACUGAUUUUUCAGGUCAGUGACUAUAACAAAAAAUUAAUUUAAAUGGAAUAUUUCCAUUUCUGUGGUAUCUCAUUUCUAUUAAGACAAUCAUGAGAGGAUGGAUAAAAUAGCUAAAUUUUCCAAAACAGACACUUAAAUUGUUUUUAAAAUGUGCACAAAUGAAUGCAGAUAUAGUGGUCACCCUUGAAGAUUUUUCAGCUACCUUUGUAACUAAAUAAUGGCACUUGGGUAUUCUGAUACUGAAUAUAUAAAAGUGAAGUGAAUACCAUGAGAACAUUGAUAUGUUUCAAAGGUCACAUUAUAAACCUAUAAGUGUGACCAUUGUAGGCAAUUAGCAAGUGUGAAGUAAGUGGGUCAUUCUGUAGGCAGUCUGGUGUUUGGUCAAGCAAUUACUCUUAUGCACAUGGAGUUACAGGCCUUCCAAACACAAAUGUAUGUGUAAGCAUGUAGUUGCCUGUUUAAGCACGUGCCUGUAUUUUUAAGUGUACAUCUUAGACGCUCAAUUUGACCCAAAAUAAAAUGGGUCUCUGGCCUGCAGGGUGGUUCUUAAUUGUAAUAUUCCUCUCUACCUAUAUAUCUUUCAUGUCCUUUGACAUAUAUGAGAGCAUGUAGGGAGAUCAGAAUAUGUGGGAUAUAAAUCUUAUACAGGUCUAAAGAUGAACCUUGCUUUAAAAGAACCAUAUAGAUGAAUAAUCUUUGGCUAGCACAACCAGCUUACAUCUAUCUCUGUGAAAGAAAAAAAACCAACAAAACUUAAGGCUGUUUUUAAAUGGCUUGGAUUGAGUAGCAAGCAGCAUUAAGGCUAAAUUUAAAACAAAUAAGAAAAUAACGAAAAAAAUCAUAUAACUAAGGGAAUGACAUACUGCAAAGCCAUAAGCCAGAAAAACUCAGGGCCCACUAAACAAUACAGCAUUUUAAUGAUGUGAAUAGGCAUUUUCCAAGAGAACAGCACAGAAUUUGCUUCAUUGCACAAAUAUUUGUACAGCAUACACUGUACUUAACUGGUUUUUGCUGCCUUGAAAAACACAUCAAUGUCUAUAAUAGCAAAACUCAUCAGAAGCAGUAGAUUGGUGCAUAGUCACUGAAAACAAUUCUGCUCAUAUUGGUACUGUUAGUAGUACCUACCACCAUCCAUUCAUAUAGUUUAAUUAACUAAUUGAAAUGUAAUGUGAAGAAAUUCAAUGUGAGAGCAAUCCAAGAAAUAUAUUGUCAUUGCUACUUAUAUACUCUGUGCCAGUGUUUUUUCAUCUGUGGACCCCUAAAAAAUUUUGAAUGGAGGUGCAGACCGCUUUGUAAAUUUUGAAUGGAGGCGCUGGAACCCUUUGAACUUAAGUGUGGGUAUUUGCAUACUUUUGAUUGAUCAUAGUCAUAUUUUGCAGACCCCCAUGGGUCUGCAGGCCACAGGUUGAAAACCACUGCUCUAUGCAUUUAACACCUCAAGUCAUGUUUUGAAAAAUAAAUAUGUAAGUAGUGAACAGCAUUAUCUUAAAAGAUGAAAGACUAGUUUCUUUUUGAUAUAUAAAGAACACCUUUUUUCAUUGAAAGAGAGGAGUAUGGCAUUUAGGUUCAACUACAACAAUAUAGAUAUGGCAGAAAACUUCUUUUCAUUAAAACUUAUUUUGCAUAGCAAUGUGUUGAUUGUUGAAUAAAAGAUAUUUUAUUAUAUAGUGACAUUCCUAAGCAAAGUUACAUAAUGGCAUACCAAAAAAACCCAAAAAUCAAUUAUAGAAGUUCUGAGGUCAGUUGUAUACUGUAUGUGAGAGGGUGCAAGAUAAUCUUAAAUGUCCACAUUUGAUAUUAAGGAAAAGUACUAUUUAAACUGAAAUUAAAGAGUGUUUCAGUCUUCAUUACCAAUUAAACAUGUCUGAUUAGGGAGGUUUUUGCCCUAAUAACGAGCCUGAUUUUUUUCCAUUGCAUUUGACCUUGUGUACUCAUGUAGAGCCUGUUCCGGCAGCCAUUGAAAUUCAUGCUACAACUUCCAUUGAUUUCAGUGGUACAAAAUCUGACAAAGUAGGCCCAUCCUCCUGGGCCCCCAAGCCUGAAACUCUCAGGCGUAUGCUUACCUUUACUCAUGUGAACUGAACGUUGACAGCAAAUCUAUUUGAAGCCAGUCUGGCUAUUUACAAGAGAACAGUUAAGUACAUAUAUAUUAGUGUUUGCAUGAGUGGAUACCUGUUUGAUAGCAAUUUACACUCACUAUGACUAAAUAUGUCUAAAAUACGUACGGAUGCAAGUACUUAUAAAUGUAAAAGGAAAGGUAAAUCGCAUUGCUAACAUAGAUAUUUUUCAUAUCUAGUGCAUGUUAGUAACUGAUCAUUUGCUGUAUUCCAGUAUUCUCCUCUUGAGUAAUAAGGAAGUGCUGCAUCCUAGCUUCAUUUCUCAGUGAUGCCCAUGCACAGCUGUAGUAUGGUAAAGUAUCUUUAGAACCAAGAUUGAUUUUAUUCUUGUAGAAAUGCACCUUAUUGCUUAAAAAAAUAAAACCCUACUGUUGUAAUGUUUUAAACACUGUGAUCUUUCAGGUUGUGCUUACUGUACUGGUUUUGUAUUAUAGAUUAUAAUAGAAGCUAGAUUUUAUGGCAUUUUAAAGCAGUGUUAAUACUACUGGCUUAGCAGUGACAGAACAAACUGUGUGUAAACCCACCUUGUUAAGAUAAAAGCUGUGAUUAUUUUUUGGCCUUAAAUAAAAGCCUAACCUCCAAUGUUAUA